AGCACAGUCAUGGGUCUUUCAGGGAUUAGGAGGUGGACAUGGACUCUGUUUGUCUUCCUGAGCUGGAUCUUUGUGGGUCAGGUGGUGGCAGACCCGUAAGUUUGUCUAUCUGUCUAAGAAAGUUUAUUUUAACUUACUCACUUUAACUUUCUUGCAGAGUUUGACAGUGUUAGUGUUGGAGGACAACACUUCACCUGAUUAUCUUUCAGGAUUUCUUCCUUAGGUGCUAACUAAAGUUUGGCAUUUCAUUCUAGCAUUAUCAUGUGGGUAUAAGAUCCUUCUUUACAGGGGUAUUCUUGAUAGCCAUGGGCUGUAAGAUGAAUAUGCUAUAAGAUGAAUAUUUUUGUGUCUGCAGACAGUAUUUAGUUGCUGUCCCUAAAGUACUUGAAGCUGGAGCUGAAAGCAAGUACUGUGUGAGUCUCCUGCAGCCUGAUGAGCCCCUGAAUAUCACCAUCACACUGACCUCUGAGGAAGAGGAGACCGUCCUCUUGAAGACCACAGCCAGCAUGGAAUUUCACCAGUGCUAUAUCUUUCAGGUCAGCUCUUUAAACCGGUUUAUUCUGUCGUCAUAAUAAAAACAAAUCAACAAACAACCCAGUGAGAGGCGAAAUGCUGGUCAAGUAUUUAUCCAACUUUACCUAUCCAUGAACUACAUGGAAACUGGUUGCAUUAAUUUUUUUGCUCUGAUUGAUCUAAGCCACAUUGCAAGAGUCCACUAUUUCCCGUCUGCAUGUAGUUUCUAUGGAUACAACUUUGAUCACAGACUCUGGCAGAGUAGAGCUGAUCUGUUAUCAUAUCAAUGCGCAGAAAGAAGCCCGGCUAGUUUGAAGCUCGUUUGAGAGGAUGGUAUGAAAACAGCAUAGAGACAAAGCAGGAGAGGUUCAAGACAUAAAAACUGUAUGAUAUGACAGAGAUUAUUAAAAAUUGUGCAUGAAGAAAACACUUUGUGGGACACAGUUGAGGAUACAGCGAUUCUGCUAAUAUUAGGUGAUAUGACGGUGAAGUUAGUGGUAGACUUUCACCAUGAAACCAGCUGGACAGUGGUCUCACCCAGAGAGGGUUUAGGAAGGACAGUUAGCUCAACAGAGAGCAACAACCUUUGAACAAUCAAUAAAUCACUCUCAUGGCAAAUAAAUAAUAUAAUUUGCAUGAUCUCAGUGAGGACUUCCUCCUGCACAAAUAAGGAGUAAAAAUAUAAUAGUUGAAUGAAUUGAUGUCUCAUGAUUUAUUUGCUUUCAAUACUAGGUGGUUUUUCUUGUAAGGAUAAAUAAAAUAGACACACCUCAAUAGUUUGACAUUUGAUCGUUAUAUAUGUUUUCAAAUCAAAAUUGGAAAGAAGUAUAAAAUAUGAAACAAUAACUUAUUUGUAAUCCCUAAGUUGGUCUUAGAUAGUGACUUGCAAAUCCUAGUAGUUGAGGUUCCUCCUGCUAUGCUACCACACCUUAGUGAGACUGGUGAAAGAACAUGGCUUCAGGGUGAACGUCUGUCAGAUAGGCUAUCCUUCUCACUACAAGUACAAGUACUCUAAAAUGAGUUUUCUGGUGGAUGAACAACUUAAAAAUAAGAUGCUUUGUGUAAAAUCCCUUCUCACCCAUCUGGGUCACAUACUGUUGCACGUAAUCCCUUGCUUGGUUCACUCCUUUGUUUCUAUGUUCCUGCUACAGGCACCUAUGGAGGAUGAUGAAAAGAUCCUGAACUUCAAGGUGGUGGUUGAUGGAAACAAAUUCAAGUCAGAGGAAGUCAGGAGGGUCAUGGUUAAGGGCUACCAACAGUUGACCUUCAUCCAGACAGAUAGACCACUUUACCUGCCAGGCCAAACAGGUAACAAGAACAUGAACUUCUGAUACUUAUUGAAUACACAGAUAAUCAAUAUGGAAAUUUUUGAGCUGAAAAGACACAAACACAGGUUUAAUGUAGAUAAAGCAUCAGGUUAAGGGUAAAUUGUAUUUAGUAGUUUCAACUUACAACAUGUAGCCAUACUAUGACAGGUGCCAAUACAGCCAAGAUGUUUGAAGAUUGAAGGAGAUCUAAAAAAUGUGUUGUUAUUCAUCAUUAUUGUUUCUGGUAGCAGCCCACAUCUGUGGCUAGAGGCCUUGAAGGAUUUGAAUGUGCUGUAAUCAAAACAAUCUCUUUGUAUUCUUGUCAGUUCAUUUCAGAGUCGUCACCCUGGACAGUAUGUUUCGACCUGUCAGUCAGCUGGUGAGUUGUUGAACUGUCCCUUUGUGACCUUGUGAAUCACUCUGUAUAAAUAACUUUUCCUGUUGAAACUCGGGGUCAGUCAGUGGUGAAAUCCAGUCCACCCAAAGGUAAACAUGAAUGAGGUUGAAGUCUAUCACUAAUUUGCUGAUUCAGCUCCUUUAUUAUCUGGAGAUAUCAGUAAUGCCAACUUUUCACAAAGGAAAUCCAAUUUGAAAAAUGUAGACCCUGCUAUUUUUAUAUACAAUUCAUUUUCAAAGUGAGAAAGUAGCAAAAAAAAAGGGCCAUAAUUAGAAAAACAUAAGGAUUAAGGGCUUCUUCAGAUAACUUUGCAAGAAUAAUCUCAAAUGUUGUUAAAAAUGUACAAACUUCUUUUAGCUCUGAUUAUUUUUUUGAUGCUGACACUUUACUAAAAGUCAGAUCUUAUUCUUUAAUGUUGUUAUAAUUAUUAUAAUAGAUUUAUUCUCAUCUUUUAAGGUUUAACACAAAGGUUGGCAUAAUUCUGAAUUUUUUAAAUCAGACAACUGGAGAAUUGAUUUCUCAUUUAACCCUAGCAGCAGUUUUUAAAGUUUAAAUACUUCCAUAUCUAAGUAAAAUGUGUACAUAUUUACAGUUGUUGCAUAUUUAGAAGUCUUUUCCUAAUCCUCAAUAUUUUGAUGUGCUGCUUGGCAUUUGAGCUUUAUUUUCUCAAAAACAGUAGGGGAAAAAGUCCCCAUCCCCUUUUGUUUUAUGGCUGGCUUCUAAAGCUGUAUUUGUACUUAUUUUCAAAAAUCUCACUACAGUCUAUCAUUUUGACUUUUUUUCUCCACAUGGUAAUUUUUUUGUUGCCAUAAGAACCUCAUUUCCAAGAAAAACUUAUUGAAAAACCUGCCUCCAAUUUAGUAUUUCUGACAUUUGUCUUAAAACUCUGUUGUACAACAGACAGGUAAGGAUGUGACUUUUGAUUUUGAACACUAAAUCUUUGAGAGGACAGUAUUUGAAGGCUUGUACCAUCAGUAACUGUGCUGAGAGGUAACCCAAUAAUUAUUUCCAAUUGAGUCCCAAAAGCAGAAAUAAACAAGAGUGUAAUUCAGUAUUUAUUCAUCUUGAAAUGUGUUAAAUCAUUGUAGUGUCACUUUAAACCCCAAAUUUUGUAAUCACAUCAGAAUAAACAACAAUGAAGUCUUUGAUUUUGGGCAGCUGUCCUCAGGGUUUUUAUUUUGAUGGCUGUUAAAUCAGCUCUUUUAUUAAUCCUGAUUAUUGUUUUGUCUUUGGCAGUAUGACACCAUUGUAAUCAAGGUAAGACUAAAUCAAACCUUAACUAAAGAUAUUUUUAUACAUUUCGAGAUUGGCAAAUUCUCAAGCUACCAAGCACUUGGCAUAAAUGUUUCAUGAAUACACACGCUCUCCUGUAUUUUAUUCAACAGGAUCCAAAUAAUUACUGGACCGGCCUGUGGCUGAACGCCACAUCUGAUAGAAAAAUAUUGCAGCUGUCCUUCCCUUUGAGCUCUGAGGCUCGUGAAGGAUAUUACCAUAUUGAUGUUUUGGCCAAUGGAAGGAGAACAGGACGCGGCUUCAAGGUGGAAAAAUAUGGUAAGCGUCAUCAUCCCCACUCACAAAGUUAAGACCAAGGCUAUAACAAAUGGAGGAUGCUAACAACCAUUCUUUGCUCUCAGUUUUGCCAAAAUUCAAAGUCACCAUAAAAGUAUCUGAUGAAUUAAGCAUUGGAGAGAAGGAGUUUGCAGUAGAAGUCUGUGCACAGUAAGUUUGACUUGACUUAUUUAAUGUUGUGAUUUUAAAACUGGUGAAAUCUUUUUAACAGUAUAAUAAUCUUUUUUUUUUUCUUCAAAAUUUCUGUCCAAUCAGAUACACAUUUGGUCAAUCUGUGCCAGGCAGUUUUGAACUUGAGCUGUGCCGACCUCUGAUACGAGACGCUGAACUCAAUACCACAGCUCCAUGCCACAUGGAGACAAAGCAGGUACACAAAGACACAGAAACACACAAAGCAUAUAAAAACAAACACAUUGAAUAAAAAUAUACUCUGAACAGAGUCCAAACUUUUACCCUAUGUCAAUCUUUCAAAUGUUGUGUAAGGUCUCACCCCCACUCCUGUGGCCUCAUGUCUCUACAUUACUUUGUCUCAAACACAUCACUCUUUACAAACCACCUUAUUUCAGUAAAAAUGCACCAAAAUAUGGAAUUUUUCUAGUCAAGAUCCCCCCAGCCAUCAGUCAUAUCCUUUGCAUAAUUGUUUAUGAUUGGUGGGUGAGCACUGGUAGUAAACUUCUUUUCACGCAGCAUAUUGGGAUACAACAGGUGCACUUAAAUGGCCAUGAGAAAUCAUACAUUGUAUUGUGGUUGUAUCUAGAUAGAAAAGAAUGGUUGUGCCAGGUUUGAUUGUGAGAUGUCCAUCUUCACAAAACUGGAGCCAGGGGUGAUGCAGAAUAAACUGGAAAUCCAAGUCAACGUGAAAGAGGAGGGGACAGGUAAGCUUCAGAUAUUCAGUUUUCAAAAGACAUAUCAGGACAUACAGUUGUAAUAUGACUGCUUUUGUUACAGAUUUCUCACUUGCACAGUGGAAAGACACAAAGCUUACUUAUGCAGUUGGAAAACUUCUCUUUAUUGACACACCAAAGUUUUAUAACCAAGGAUCAAUUUUAGAAGGAAAAGUAAGAAAAUCAAGUAUGUAGACUCUCAUUAAUUUGAAUAAUGAAUACAGGACAACUGCAUUCUCAGUAGUCAAUCCUCUUGCUUCCAGGUUAAAGUCGUUAACUUCAAUAAUGAACCUGUGCCUGACAUGCUGGUCUAUUUGUUUCAUGAUGGAUUCAGGGCACUCCCAAUACACAGCCUUACAACUGACAGCAAUGGUAUCGCUACUUUCACAUUGAAUACAACUGACUAUGAUGGUAACAUCCGACUAAAAGUAAGUCAGUGGUUACAGUGUUUAUAAUAAUAAUGAUGACAUAGACAUGAUGGUGUAACAAAUUCUACAUCACAAUGUUGAUGUUCAUUUGUGGUUUAGGGGUAAUGCUAACAUUUAUUUGUGUUUAUUUGUGUGCAUCUGAAGUGAAACUGGUUUGAGCCAGACACUACAAAUAGCUUCAAGAUUCUUGUAUGUGUGGGAGAGUGGGGUAAGAUGAGCCAUUUUUCAUAUUUCAGAUCACUACAUCAAGACAAUCAUAGUUUUAUCUCUAACUAGUGUAUCUGCAUAUAUUUCAAGAUGUCAUGCAUCCCUGCAAACCAACAGAAUGAGUGUAAACAUUACUUGAUAAUAUAGCAUGCCAAAAAAAGUUCCCCAUGCAUGGGGUCAGUUGACCAUAGGGGUGGGGUAAGUUGAGCCGCAUCCCUACUACCCCCCACUCUCCUCCCAACCUCCUCCCUCUCUCACCUUCUCUCUCCCUAAAUAACAGUCUCCUCUUCAUAUUCAUGUGUAUUUUUAUUUAUUAAAUGCUAUUCAACUGGUACAAUAAUUCUUUUUAUUAUUAUUGCAUAUAACUGCUAAAAGGCUGUUUUGUAGAAAAAAUAUUUUAUCAUGAGAAUGCCUUUAAGUAAUUCAACACAUUCACAGCUGUAUUUUUAAAAAGAAAAAGUAACACAUCUCAACAAUGUGAACUGAAACUCUGAUCCUCUCAUCAGACUCCUUUAAUUUCUCAGUUGAGCCACUGUCUCAACUUACCCCAGAACUACCAUUAUGACUUUAUUUGUCCUGUAAGCUAAAAUGGUGGACUUGAAUGCUAGGUUUUUGACCUCAUGUUGUAGCUCAUAGAUACCACAGUUGAUGUAUAAAACAAAUUUAAAAUGAUCUUUUUUGGUCUGAACACAAUUCUAAUAAAACUUCUGACAGACUAAAUUCACUUUCAAGAGUGAAAUGCGUGUUUUGGAAAUAAAUGUCUAACCCCUUCACUCAUGUGCUUCUAACCUUCAUAGACUCCAUGAAUUGAUGCCCAUCUCCUAAAUAUUUGGUCACAUGAUCAAUUUCUUUUACCAUUUCCAAGCAACAGGGGGUGGCUCAACUUAACCUUUGGCUCAACUUACCCCACUCUACCCUACUUGUACCAUUGUUAAGAGGGUAAUCUCACUUCUUCUCUACAAUCCAGGCAGACCUCAAACAAGACCAAGGGCCAUUCCACCACCUACAAGUUCCAUACUAUCAUAAUGCACAUCAUACAGUUUCCUUUGUGCGGCCGCCUCCUCCUGGUGUUAAAUCAUUCAGCUCGCUGGAGGUGAAGAAAGGGUUGGAAAAACUUCUCUGUGACACAGAGGAGAAUUUUUCAAUUGUCUAUACUUUGGUGGAAGAGACCAGAGCUGCAGUGGAUGUGGUGUAUCUGGUGAGCAGUGGCAGAGUUAGAAGAUGGGCAAAUACAGAUGUGUCAGUGUGGAGAACACUAUCAUCAAGUUUGCUGCGGUGUCUUGCAGAACAACAGCAAUGGCUCCUAUAAAGCUUAUGCUUUCUAAGGCAUUAAUUUGCCACAUUUAUCUCAUUCAAUUUGGCACCUGUCUAGAUUUUGAGUUUCUGCAAAUUUUAACAAAAAAAUGGAAAGGUCUUAAUUGCUGCCUUGCAAUUUUGUGGUGUUGGAAGAAUAUUGAGAAAAUAUCUGAACUCAAGGAUGAUGAUUAAUUUGAACAAUUUUAUGAUUAUUUGUCCAGAUCUUAUCGAGAGGAAAUAUCCUCAUGCAAGGACAUCAAAAGGUGGAAGUGAACAACAAGAGUGGUGGGUAAAGACAGCUCAUUACAAGUAGGAACUGAAGCGCUAAUUUCAUCCAAGAAUGGGAAGACAGAAGAAAGUGAACCAUGAUUAGUUUCUUAAAAAUCAGAUUCUAGGUGCAAAUUUUGUUCUUUUUUUGAAUCAUGGAAUUUAAUCUUGCAAAACUGCAACUCACUUACUGUAUGUCCCAUUACUGUAUUCUUUUCUUCUCUUUUGCUUACCGUUUUCAGUGACUGAAGGCGAGAUCUCAUUUGCAUUGAAAGUGACCUCAGAUUUAGCACCUGAGUUCCAGAUUGUGGCUUACACUGUCCUCCCAAAUGAGAUUGUGAUUGCUGACAGUGCAGAGUUUCCCACUGAAAAAUGCUUCAACAACAAGGUCAGUGUUAAAAUAUAAAGAUGUCAAAACAUUCAUUUGGGCUUCACGACUUAGCUGUGGUGAGACUUUGGCCUUUUACUCGGGGGUUUGGUGCUGCCGAAGUAUGGCACAAAAAAGUUUGUAUUCCAAAGUGCACGUUUUAAACUCAGGCAAACUUUUUUCUUGCAUGCACAAUAUAUUAAGGUAAGAUAUGACAAGUUAAGAUAUUACUUUAUUUAUUCCUCGUGGGAAAUUUACAGCAGCAAUAAAUACAAAAGAGAAAUAAAAGGAUGAAAAUGUUUGGGGUUAAAAUGAGAUACACUUUACAUACUUUAGAUAUACUUUACAUAUUAGUGAUUUCAAGUUUUUAUUUGUAUUAUUUUUGGUGUGCACAACAGAUGAUCGAGAUAAACUGUGUGGGAAGAAGUUGUGCACACUCUCUUCCAAUGUGUGAUAAACCGGACAUUAGCAAACGUUUUGACUCCAACAUGUCACGGGAUAAUUGGCCAACCAUGUAUUAGUGUUGCUAAAGGACAGAUGUUGAUGAUGAUGAAGCUAUUAUCUUGCUGGCGUUGAGUAUACUCACAUCACAAAAGUGUUUAUAUUAUAGAUUUAGAGGUUCCUUCUGUUUCUCAAAAAAAAAAAAAAACUGUCUUCAAGUUGUCCUUGGCCAGAAAUAAUAAUCAGUGAGCAUGUGACUAUGCGAGAAAGUAUCUUGACAGGGGGAGCAGGGCACCUCAAGGAGAUGGAUCCAUGGUAAGGGCCUGAUGUGAUAUGAUAAGUAUAAUUAGGUUGUUCCUCACAUGGCUCUUACUGUGUAGGAGUAAUAGCAGUUAUUAUAGGGUUUUGUAUGGUGGCUCUGAAGUGCAAAACCAAAGACAAAUUCCAAAACACAUCAACAAGUUAUGAAAUAUAACAACAAAUCACAAUAUACUGAAAAUAAUAAAAUACAAUGAAUAAAAAACAAAAUGACAAAGAACAACAAGCAAAAAUCAACAAUAAAUUAAACACACACAAAAAACAAAACAACAAAUUACAAAAACAACUACAUAUCAGAAAACACUACAAUUAAUAGGAAAACAAAACUAUGAAUCACAAAACACAAAAUAGGAAAAACAGCAAAAAUCUUAGAAAACUGAACCAUAAGUAAAAAACACAAUAAAUCACUAGUUACAGCAACAACCUAAAAACACAACAACAAAUCACUAGUACCAGCAACAACCUAAAAAACACUAGUUACAGCAACAACCUAAAAAAUACAACCAGGAUUGAGAUUAAAAGUUGAACUUUUUAAAGAGUUCCAAAUAUGAAGUAAAUUACAGUUUUGAUCUACAUUUGUAAAAGCAAUAAUUUUUUUUAACAUACAGUACAGGCCAAAAGUUUGGACACACCUUCUCAUUCAAUGUCUUUUCUAUAUUUUUUAUAUGACUAUUUACAUUGUAGAUUAUCACUGAAGGCAUUAAAACUAUGAAUGAACACAUGUAGAAUUUUGUAUUUAUAAAAAAAGUGUGAAAUAACCGAAAACUUGUUUUAUAUUCUAGUUUCUUUAAAAUAGCCACCCUUUGCUCUUGAUGACAGAACUACCUUGUCAGGGUUACUUCAGGCACUCCUGUGAAGUAAAAAACAUUUCAGGUGACUACCUCAUGAAGCUCAUUGAGAGAACAGCUCAAGUUUGCAGCGCUAUCAAAAAAGCAAAGAGUGGCUACUUUGAGAAAUCUAAAAUAUAAAACAUGUUUUCAGUUAUUUCACACUUUUUUCUUAAGCACAUGAUUCCACAUGUGUUCAUUCAUAGUUUUGAGAAUCUACAAUUUAAAUAGUAAUGAAAACAAAGAAAAUGCAUUGAAUGAGAAGGUGUGUCCAAACUUUUGGCCUGUACUGUAUAUAACAACUUGCAUUUGGCAUCCUGGUUGUCUAUGUGUGUGUGUGUGUGUGUGUGUGUGUGUGUGUGUGUGUGUGUGUGUGUGUGUGUGUGUGUGUGUGUGUGUGUGUGUGUGUUAUUUCAGGUUUCCUUAGAGUUUUCUCCAACUUCAGCUGUUCCAGGAGAGGAGUCCAUCCUGCAUGUUUCAGCUGAUCCAGGCUCUCUGUGUGGCGUGAGCGCUGUUGACCAGAGCGUCCUUAUUGAGAUGCCUGGUGAAACUCUGGUAGCAGAAGAGGUAACUGGUUGUUGGAACCGUCUCAGUUUAACAGCGAAAUAGGCAAAAAACAUGACUCUGCAGACAGUAAAUCAAACUCUCUAUAUUCCCAAUCCUUGUAAAUUAACUGUGUGUGAUUAGAACAGAGCCAACACUGCAGAUAUACUUUCAUUUUUAUUUAAACCAUGUUGCAUUUCAAAACUCUUAUUUGUAUCAUGCUGUGUAUAAGUAUAGUUGAAAUGUCCUUACAGAUUCUUAAAUAUUUCUUAUCUAUAUUUAUAUCUAUAUCUAUAUCUAUAUUCUAUGCAUAUCAUUGUUGUAUAUAAAAGCAUAAUGCAUGCAUUAAAAUACUCAGGGCCCUUAUCUUUUUUUUCAGAUAUUUCAAUUAUUGCCUAACAAAAAGUAUUUUGCCAGGCAUGUUGAAGACGAUGAAGAGUGCUUAGAAUUGACACAUAAAAGAUUUUUGCGCAGACACAGGAGGAGCAGUACUGAAAUCGGUGGUUUUCCAGUUUUCAAGGUAAUUUCCAUGGAUUUUUUUAAAUAAAUCUGUGCUUCACAUUUGUCUUACAUUUGUAUAAAACCUGAAAACUGAUGGUUAUUUCUCAGCUUCACUAGAUAAGAAAAUUCAUUAGGAACACCUGGCCGAAUGUGGAGUGUAACAACAUUCCUGAUAAGCGAUUGGCCACUGUGAAAACACAGCUUGAUCAGUGCAAGCCAUGCCAGGCAUAUUAGCAUAAACAGCCCCCCUUCAACAACAGCCAAUAUACUUGGUGCAGUUAAUUUAUUUGACAAGAGAGGUGUACUGCACCAGAGAGCAUAUUUUUACAGAUUCAUUAGGUCAUGCAGUUCACACAAGCUAACAUCAGCAUUCAGAAAUUAUUAGGCAAAGUUAGCUCCACGUUUUAAGAAUAUUCACACUUGAGACACAGCAGUACAACAUCAAAACAGCAUUUCAGCUGCCAAUGCCAAGAAUAAUCUCAAACCAAAUAGCCAUCAUACAAAUGUUGUUAGUGAGUACUGUGCACUGAUAUCUGUAUAUAUUGAUUGUUUUCCCAGGAAUUGGGCCUUAAGAUUGUGACAAACAUGUUCACCAAGCUGCCAUCAUGUGUAAGCUUCAAGGGGAAACGAUUCUACGAUAUUCAUUGUAAGCAUUUUUAUUGGCUCAGCCAAAUGAAGCAUGCCGAAUUUGUGCAAGUUACCGGGUUCCAAGUUCCACCUGUGAUUUAGGUUUUAUGAUCUAUGUCCUCAGAUUUUCAACAUGUUAGCCAUGGUGAAAGAGGAGUACUUGGUUCUAUAGGUCCUUCAUGGAGGAAAAGGAUCCGCACUUUUUUUCCAGAGACUUGGAUAUGGAACCUUGUGGAAGUCGGGUGAGUUCCUGUUGGGGCAUCUUUGCUUGGCAGCCAUGUUUCUUUAUAUUUACAUCAAAGAAGGCAAAUCAAAGGACAACAGUGUAAUGUUAGAUCUCUACCUUUUAAAAUGGCAUGAUGUGGGGCUGUGGAGUACCCAAAGGCCAUAAAUUGUAGAUGACAAAUUCAAGAGUGUAAAACUGGCACACUUGAAGUUUUUUUAUCAUGAUGUAUUUGGAUGAAAGGGAGACUAUGGGCUCUAUUUUCGUGCCACGCCAGAGACAUGGCGGACCUGACUUACGCCUCCGCCAUGUCUCUGGUGUGGCACGAAAAUAGAGCCCAUUGUGUUGUUAUGUCUAAAUAGCCACAUCGAACUGACCAGAUUCAUAGUAAUUUGCAGUUAGUUUCGCCUCUGACCCAGCUUUGAUGUAUCUCAAGCAAGUCAUUGUAGCUCAGAAAGUUCACUGAAUGUAUGUAUGUAUGAAUAAACAGACCUUGCAAGAAAUCCUCAGGAAAAAUGUAUCUUUAGUAUCUCACAAAGAUUACCAUAAUUCUUGGAUCCCAUUUGGUAUAAAUUUGCUCGUCCAACUCACACUAUUUAUUUUUGUGUCUCUGCUCCUCCAGAGAGUCUGGGUCGACAGACUUGUCCCUCACUGUCCCAGACACCAUCACAACCUGGGAGACGGAGGCUUUCUGUUUGUCCCCUCAGGGUUUUGGCUUGGCUCCUAGGAAGACACUCAGAGCCUUCCAGCCCUUCUUCCUUGAGCUCAGCCUGCCUUACUCCAUCAUCCGAGGGGAGCAGUUUGAUCUAAAAGCUACAGUCUUUAACUACUUGUCCAGCUGCAUCAUGGUAAUCAGUGUCUUCACUUCAUUAGGGCUCCAAAUGAGGUGCAGAGAAACAGCAACUGUUUUUAGCUGAGUAUUCUGUUUGUUUUUGUUUUUGAUGAGAACACAUGAAACUUAUGAAAUCAGUGAAAAAGCAGUUUCACCUUAAAAUCCAGUUUCUCUGAUGCACUUUGAGAGGCUGCAAGCAAAUUAAGGGCCUGAUGUACUAAGAUCCCAAUUAAGGGGUGCUAAAUUGCAUGUGCAAACCAAAAAACUGCACAUGCUAUUAGUGGGCUUGUUGUGGGUGAUCUACUAUCAUUGUGUGCACAAUUGAUAACAGGCGCAAAAGUGGUGCAGACCACCCUCUUUAAACGAGGAUUUGCAUGUGCAAUCAGCUGUCACCGUGAAGAGUCUGGGAGAGCAGAGUGGUGGUAGCUGAAAAAUGAAGAUUUAAGCCAUGGAGCUGCACAUAUGGUUUUAGGGAACUGCAUAAAAGGCAAGCGAGGCAAGUUUAUUUGUACAGCACCAUUCAUACACAAGGCAAUUCAAAGUGCUUUACAGAUGCAAGAAGAUAUACUAGAUCAAUAAGACAAACAGAUUUUCUUUUCGUCUGUUCCGCGUUUGACCUUAUUUUUUAUGAAAACCGUCAUAUACCAGAAAAACAAAAUAAAUCACAAGCGUUCAGACAAGGAGCUCCACAACACUCAGCCACUCUCCAAGACUUGACUGUCCCCAAGACCUGCAGUGUCUCUGUUAUUUACUGUGUCUUGAGUGCGUGGGAACUGGGCAUACCUGCCCAUCCUGCAUGACAUAGCAUUUAACACUUGGGACAGCACACCAGAAAAACUAUUCUGCGAGACGCACUAACUGCAAUGGUGCGCUGGAAUGAUCCAGACACAGGAAAAUGCAGUGUUACAAGGAGUUUUCAGUUGGAGAUGUGGCAUGGAUCAUUUUUGUGACUGACUCCAAAUCAGCCCCUAGGUCACCCAGCAGCUCAAAAAUGGCAUUACUAUUACUGUACUAUUUUUAUUUCUGACAGUCCAAAUAUGUUGACACGAGCACGGAAGACUCUCUCUCUCUAUUGACUAUCAUUGCACUUUUGCCUCCUUCUCCCCACAAUGACCGCAGUCUUUUAUGCGGAACAGUUUGCAUGUGCCUUUCAAACAUGCUAAAUAUAGCCUCAAAACAUCGACCACUAUCAGUUUCAGGUUUUGAUAAACCACUUUCCGGGUGCUUAAUUAUUCCAUUUGCAUCUGCUCCUCCCAGUAUUUUGCACGUUCUGAUGAUCUACAUACAUUCUGAAUAUUCAUAAAGGCAAACACGUGAAAUGGAUUGUGCAUGCUGUUUUGCUCAUUUGACAGACGUAAUCCUCAUUGCACCCAGUUAGUAGAUUAGCUUUGUGCACGCUAUCAAGUUUGUACACGCAAAACUUUGGUAGAUCAGGCCCUAAGUGUUUAGUUUUCUUAAACUGUAGCUAGAUUUCAAUAUAGUUUAUGGUCUUUUACAGGUCACUGUUAAUCCAGCUCCCUCAGCGGACUACACCCUCACCCCUCUCUCCGGUGAACAGUACACUUCCUGUAUGUGUGCUCAUGAACGAAAAACUUUCAGCUGGACUUUAUCCCCCUCAGUCAUUGGUAGGAAAUAUGUUGUUGUUUCCAGAGUUUAUGAUUCUAAUUCCAGAUAUUUCUGAACAGUUGUUGCAAAAAUGACGAUCACAUUUAUUUUUAUCAAUAUUGAGAAUAUUUUGUCAAAUAUAAUAGAUUUAUCAUUCUCUCUUUCAUGGUUACAGGAAGUUUCUAUUAGGUUUCGAAGUCAAGAAAUGCACUUGCUAUGUUAGACAUUAAAGGUGUAUCACCUCUUGAUUUAAAGGUUCAUGGGCACCAGUCACAAACAUAAAUAGAAACAUGGUAAAGACACUGGAAAAUUACUGUAAACCACUUUUCUAACCUCUAGGGGUUGUCAAUGUGUCGAUAUCUGCUGAGGCUGUGGCGUCCCAGGUUUUAUGUAACAAUAAGAUUGUGAAUGUGCCAGAAAGAGGUCACAUUGAUGUGGUCACAAGAUCCCUUAUAGUCAAGGUGAGUAAGUCCAAUGAGACUGAAAAGACUCAAAACAAAGAGCUUAAAGUUUGAUGACAAAUAAAGCAAAAAUAUAUUUGUGACUUUUCCUCCUUUCCUUUCAGGCUGAGGGAACAGAGACGACAAAGACAUACAACUGGCUGCUCUGUCCAAACGGUCAGUACUUUUUAGAAGUGUUAAUGUUUGUCUAAUGUUUUAAAGUGUUUUUCAUGACUUUUGAAUGAGGACAUCUUUCUCUGCGUCAGCUAUCAAACUUGUGUUUUUGGUCUAAUUUUGAUCCCAGGAGAGUCUCUGACAGAGGAAGUGGAGGUGGAGCUCCCAGAGGAUGUGGUCCCUGGAUCUGCUCGAGCUUCACUCUCUGUGCUAGGUAAGCUGAUUUUAAGUCACAACUACAUGCUCAGAAAAUGAUGUCAUGAGAGAUAGAAAAAAAAAAAAACUGUUUUCAAGAGUUUCAGGAUCAUACAAUGUGCAUCCAAAAAUGACUUACAUAUAACAUAUUUGUGCAGAUAUGAAACAUUGAUUCUUUAUAAGCAUGAACAACAUCUUCACCUCUGUUUGCUGUAAAGGAGUGAAGAUGCAGUAUUGCUGCAAUCUCCUGCAACUGAAUUGUAUUUCGAGUUUUCAGAUGAGGCAUGUGAAAGUCAGUGUUUCUGUGCAGGUGACAUCCUGGGCCGAGUCUUGAAGAACCCAGAUGGACUACUGAAGAUGCCAAAUGGAUGUGGGGAACAAAACAUGGCUCUCUUAGCUUCGAACAUCUACACCCUUGAAUACCUGGAGAACACUCGGCAGCUGACCCCAGCCAUCAAGGAAAAGGCUGCAAACUUCCUGACCAGCGGUAAGAUAACCUGAAUGAUACAUCUCUGUUCUUUUUUCAUAUUGGAAAAAGAUUGAGCAAAAACUGAGACAACUGGUAAAUACUACACACUACAAAAACAAAAAAAAAGCCCCAGGUGUACAGGUUAGAUGGAUUUGGAAGGACAUUGUAAACCCCUUGGAUCAAAAACUUGAUCCUCUGGGAGUUCCAUGUGCCAGAUGUUCUUCAAGGUGAGGUGCCACUCCAUGGCCUGCUUCCACUUCAUCCAGGCUUCUUGCUGCUUUAUGGCCACUGCUCUACCAAUUCCCUCUUCCUUCACUGAAGCUCGCACCCCCUCCUGCACUAGCCUCUGCCUCUCCCUCCUGCUGGCAGAUUCAAACUGGGUUGAUGUUGAGAUCCCAAGUCCAGCUCUGCCUUGCACCAUGGUGUCAAGGAUGGCCUUGUGCUACAGCCGAGAUUCUGCUUGCUGGACUGCAUCAGCUGCUCUCCACUUCCUUCCUUUUCCUCACCACGAUUCCUGCCCUGGACACUUUGGCGUCUCUGGAACCUGAGCACUGCAGAUGUUCCUGUGUCUGCACCACAAUAAACUCCUCCCUGACUGAGCUGAAAGGGAGCCUGAGCUUGUUGGUGUUCCCAUACAGCGUGAUGUUGCUUAAGCUGCAUGGCAGCCCCAGCCAUCUGCAAAGAUAGCUGCUCACCCUUUGCUCAAAACCUUCUACCACAGUCUUGGUAACCUUGUAAAUGAGGAGAGACCAGAAGAUUCUUGGGAGGGUUCCAUGCAGGUACAUCCAGGCCUGGAAUCUAUCAGGGAGCCCAGACUUGUCCACUGUUCUCAGCCAGCUGUCUAUGUCAGCAAUGGUUGCCUUGAUGGAGUAUCUAUCAUUCAGGCUGCAGUUAUAGACCUUCCCAAGGCUCUUCACUGGCGGAAUCAGGUGCUCACCAAACCUGAAGCAGAACUUGUCUGUGACCUUCCCUUUCUUUAGAACCAAGGACCUGGACUUUGCUGAUCAUGCGUGCCCAUAAUCCUCUCCAAUCCCUGAAGAAUUCAUCUGGCUCAUGGUGCAGCUGUUGUCGUCGUCACUGUGAGGUUGUCCAUGAAGGCUCUGAUUGGCGGUUGCCUUAUUCCAGACUUUCUGAGUGGAUCUCUGCAUUCUGUUUCAGCUUCCUUGACCAGCACGUUCAUUGCCAGCAUGAAGAGGGUCACUGAUAUGAUGCAACCAGUGAUUAUGCCCACUUCCAACUGGUGCCAGUCAGAUGUUGGUUGCAUACAGUUGCAUUUUAUUUCAUUUUAUACAGAAGUGUAUUUAUUAUUGUUCUGUAUGAGGAAACUUUGUACAAUAUGUCAUGGUUCUUUAUCUCAUUUUAAUAGUAUUGUACAGUAUUACAGUGGACUGUAAGAAAAUCAAUUAAAACGGUUGAGUUUCAAGAAAUGAUCAAUGUAACAUCUGGGAUCAACUGGCAUGUGAGAAAUAAAAAUCAACAAAGAACUCAUCUGCUGAUAAGCAAAAGUCUCUAAUGCACCUUGAUGAUAUUUAAAAAUGAUCUAAAUCAAAAACUGAAUGACAGCUUUUCAUGUUAUCACUGUUGAACAGGCUACCAGAGACAGCUGAAGUACAGGCACAGUGGUGGUGCUUACAGUACAUUUGGGACAGGAGAUGGGAACACUUGGUGAGUACAUUUCUGGCUCACAGUAAGGUCUAUUCGACAACAAACACACAAAUCUACUCCUUCACUAGCUUGCAGUUGACUUAAGUUAAGGACUGUUUCUUUUACUUUUUUAAAUAGCCCCUCAUAUCAGGCUCCAAGUGAGGAGGUGUGAGACUGUUGAGUCAAACCAUACUAGGUGGUGGAAAGGCUGCUUCAUUGCAUCAUAAAUUCAAAUAUAUGUGCAGCUUUACGGUAAAAGUCUGCCCUUGUUCAAUCAACGACAGGUUGACUGCUUUUGUGCUGAGGUCCUUUGCUAAAGCACGUGCGUUUGUCUUCACUGAACCAUUGGGGAUGGAAGAAACCAAAACUUGGUUGCAAAGUAAACAGAUGGAAAAUGGCUGUUUCAAACUAUUUAACACUAUAAAUGAGGUAAUUCAAGUCAUUUAAAGUUGAAAUGAUGUGCACGACACUGUUUGUAGGGGUAUUUUUCUUCUCUGUUCUCCUGACUUUAGUGCCUCCUGGUUGCCCCUCUUUUCAGGGCGGUGUGUCUGAUGACGUGACCCUCAGCGCAUACGUCACUGCAGCCUUUUUGGAGAUGAACAUGCCAGUGAAUGUGAGUAAAAUCUUGUGUUUCUACACACAUGAAUGUCACUCAGGGUGCAUGAGUAUGUGUCCAGCUGGAAUGAGUCUUAGUUUUUGAUUCAUCAUCAAACAGUUUCUUGUGAAUAUUGAAUAGUAAUCUUGUUUGAAAUUCCCACUCUGUUUGUCUUAAGUCUUCAAUGCUGUUGCUGAGAUAUUAACAUCUGCCCAGUUUUCUAGACUGUGUCUUUUAAACUGCAGACUGUCUCUGCAGGUAUUGGUUUAACCUGCAGUAGCUGUGUAUUUCUAAACUUACAAAGCACUGCGUCUACUCUUUUUGGAUCACAGACUACUGGAAAUAGAUGUAGUUAAUCCACAUGCAAAGCCACUGAUUGUUGACUGCUUUUUGAAACCUCCAUCUCGGCAUUCAGCUGGUCAGUCUUCUUUUUUAAUAGCACCUCAUAUUGCAGUCAGCAGAGUAAAUGGGAAUUAGUCAUGAUGGAGUCAUACACUUAUUGCAAAGUCCUUCAAACUAUCAAACUUUUUGAGAAGUUAUUGGUUGCAAAGACCGUAACAAAAAUUGGAGGAUUAAAGCACACAUUGAAUAUAAUUCCAUUUUUGUAUGAACUACUGUAUGAUGAAAACUUUUAUGAUAAAACAUCUUCCUAGUUCUGUUUAUUUAUUUAUUUUUAAUCUCAGCACCCUGUAGCACAAAGAAGCUUGUCCUGCCUCAAGGAGUCCAUUGCUGACCUGAGCAGCAACUACACCACAGCUCUGCUAGCGUACGUCUUCACCCUAGCAGGGGACACACACACCCGUGCUCGCCUCCUGAAUUACCUGGACACAAUUGCUAUGAAGCAGGGUGAGCCACCAACGUAAAAUACAGAUCAUUAUUUUAUCCCUCCAGUAUGUGGCAAAAACAUUAUGUGUCAAAAUGAAGUUUUACCAAAGUCUUUUCCUGUGUGUAUGAAGCCCUUAACAUAUGAGCAACAAAAACUAGGUUACAGAUUUUCACUGUGGUCAUGUCAAUUAAUUUUCCUUCUUUUUAUUUACAAUAAUAACUUCCUCCAGUCUGUAGUGAUGGAGAUACAUGAAAAGGUAUGGUUCACUUUUCUUUUAUACCUCUAGAGGCUGCAUGUCUGAGACCCCCUUUUCUCUAGUUUCGAGGGUUAAAUACUCCAUAAACUGAGCUGAAAGAGGGUCUAUGUGCACAGAUUUAAAUGAGUCAAUAUAAAUUUAUUUGAGGCAAAAUAUGCUUGCUCUGUGCAAAUUAGUCUCUUAGCAAAAACACCCAAUUCAUAAUCACCUAUACUACCAGCCACAUACAGUUAGUGUGACAUAUUUACCCCCAGCUAAGAGUUGUUGGGUUUUGUGCUGAAGUACUCAUAAAUAAAGAUUUUGUACAUUAAGUCUGUUAAAAUGACCUCGACACAGCUGUUAUUGUAAUAACCAGUGGUUAAAUAGGUCUGGGCUUAAUUCCUGCACAUUGUGCACAAGCAAUUUUUGCCACUACACACAACACAGUGUUGUUUUCCUAUCUGAUCAAGCUGCUUUAUGUUGGCUUUUCAGGAAGUAAGCUGGAUAUAAACUUUGAAAUUUGUGUCAUGAAUCCAUUGUGAAUCAACUUCAUGAGAAAAUGGUCGGGACUCAUAUCCACUCUCCACCCUGUAACUUUUUGAAUAAACUGUCGUGAAAUUAAGGUCUUUUUUCACAGCGAUCUUUAUAUUUAUUACUGUUCAAAGGAGACUCCCUCUACUGGUCUCAAGAAGGGGCAUACACAUCAACCUCUCUGUCUGUGGAGAUCAGCUCAUAUGUACUGUUGGCCAAACUCAGCGCGUCCCCUACGGCUGAAGACCUGGGAUACUCCAGCCGCAUCGUCAAAUGGCUCACAGGGCAGCAGAACGAGAAUGGAGGCUUCUCCACUACAAGGGUAUGUCAGAAACAGCCCAGGGAGACUGCCACACUGACAACUUCAUCAAGGUUAUUGCAGAUCAUUGUCUUGACCAAUUACACUUUAGUCUUUGGUCAUUUAUGCUUUUCAAAAAGUUGUCAAAAGAGUUUUUAAAGUUUUCAUCAAAGCCUUUUUCCACAUACAGAGACAGACUAGACUGUCAUGUGAGGUUAUGAUACAGAGGGAGGGGAUUUGCUGAUGACCACUGCACCAGUCCGUCUUGUUCCCCUUGCGUUAGCGUCCUGUGUGUUCCCUCAUGUGUCCUAUUAAGUGUAUGACCAGCUUUGAUAGUUUUGACCCUGCCUUUUAGUCCUUUGUUUUUGGCUACCUCUGCCUGAUUUCAUGGACCUUCUGUGUACCAACCCUAUCAAAUGGCUUUGAACUUUGAUUGGGUUCUUAGUCUUGCAUUCAAGUCCUCUUCUAUAGUCCAGUCUACAUUUUAAUUUAGCAGGGCUCAACCAAACUGGUAAUACUCCCAAACUCCAUACUCUUUUGUCUAUUGUUAUUGAUUCCUGUUUGUUUUCUUUAACUUGGUUGUGCUUCUGUUUUGAAGGACACAGUGGCGGCUCUCCAGGCUCUGGCUCUCUACUCCACUAAGGCUUUCAGUCCAGAUGGUUCCAGUACAGUGACAGUUCAGUCUUUCAGCAGCCACCUUACGCUUGAUGUGAACCCUGACAACAAACUGCUCUAUCAGGAAGAGUCGCUGAAGGAUGUGACAGGGAAAUACAACCUAAGGGUGAAGGGAACUGCAUGUGCUUCAAUACAGGUCAGAGAAGACUGGCGCUCUACAUUACCUCUGUUGUGUCUAUAUUACUUCUGUUGUGGUUAUGGAGAUCUCUAUUACUGUAGCAUACAGUCCAACCCAAGCACUUGAGAUGGGCACUUUGGCUGGAGUCUUACAAAACUAGCUAAAAUGUGGCAGACUCUACCCCUCCUGCAGAAUAGCUUGCAUACUGGUACUCUUUGCAGUUUCACAUAAAAGGGAACAGAGCUAACCAGCACACAGUACUGGAGAUGUGUAACUGAAAUGAACUCACUUCAAAAUGACCAAACUAUUCCUUCAAGGAGGAUUUGAGUCUGGUGGUACAAGACUUUUUGAAACCAAUCAAACCAUCAGCUGUCGCACUGCUUGCUGAAAGCCACCAGACUCUUGAAAAAACCAGAACAACUUUAACUUUACCAUACACAACAUGAGAGUUGAUGGUUUACCUUUGCCUUAGACAGUUAACUGUUUUUCCUCAUGGGUGACUUUGGUGUUUAAAUGAUUUGUUAAGGUUUUUGUUAUCCACGAAAGCUGAAGUCUAACCCUUUGUUAGUGUAGGUGAAGGUAGGGUGAAAUGACCAAUAGAUGACCAAUUCCUGUGUUCUGCAAAAUAAAACAUAACUUUUUUUUUCUCAAUGGAGUCUGAGGGAAUUGAAAAAGACAGAAUUCAUUUAUAGGAAUUCAAGCUGCUGGCUGAGGCAGUCUGUAGGACCAGUAUUGUAAAUGUUUGAAUUCUGUUAUCAUUCAAACCACAAACCAUGUUAGAAACAUUUUCUGUAAUUUUAAAACCUCCUCUGUUCACUGUUUCUAGAUUUCUCUUCACUAUAAUGUCCCGAUUUCAACACAAGUCUCAACUCUCAGUGUGGAGGCUGAAUCUCAUGCAGAGUGCAUAAGCACCUCCUCCAGAAUUGAUCUAAGGCUGAAGUCACUGUAAGUAAUUAGCAAGGACAUACACAAUCCAGAGUACUGCAAUUCUUUAAAACUUUUUAAAAAUAAGAGGAAACUUUUGUCCUUCACGCAGACAUUUUGGGAAUGAGAUCACUUCAAACUUGGUGGUCAUGGAAAUCAAAGUGCUCUCUGGAUUUCGUCCAGAUUCAGAGUCUUUAAGAGAGGUGAGUUACUACAGCAGCUUUAAUAUGAGUGUUGUUGGUAAUUCAAGUUUUGAAAAUGAGCUAAUGAUGAAAUAACCAGUUUUUCAAGGAGCCAUUCGCCACUGAUUUCACACUGAGCUUAAAUUCUGGAAACCUCCCUUCACAGAUCAAAGACUCCCCCCUGGUGAACCAUGUUGAACACAAGGACGAUCUCGUUGUGGUGCACUUAAGAGAGGUGAGAGGAACUGCUGAGUUAUACCUGAUGCUUUCCGAUCUAGAUUUGUCACUAAUCUUUUUCUGUCCACAGUUAUUUAAGGGCUUAGUCUUCGCCUACUAUGUACCACUUAUACAAGAGGUCCCAGUUCAAAACCUGAGGCCAGCUGUGGUGAGGAUAUAUGACUUUUACCGGCCAAGUAAGUCUGAAUUUCAGUCAUGGGGUUGAGAUAAGAUUGAUAUAUUUGUGGAUUUCAUUGAUAAAUGAAUGAAGUCAAUCAGUUUUGUGCAGCAGUGGAUACUGGUUAAUUUGUUUAGAUGAACAACCCUGUAAGCAACAAAAACGAAGGAAUUCUUUUUUAAAGAAAAUAAACUGUGUUUAAAAUUAAGCUUAAAAUGGGUUUUAGAAAUUUUCAUCCACUAUAUUAAUGCUUAAAGGAAUCAACAAGUGGUAUCUAAGCUGUGCUGUGCAAAUUCUCACUUUUCCUUUUAGGCUGCAAAGCUGAGUUGGAGUACAUGGAUCCCUGUGCUGCAGGCAAAGAGGAUCAUUCACAGUGAGCAGGUUGUCGGAAAAGAUCGGAUUCUCGACAGGGUGAACAGCAUCCUGAUGCAGAAUAAACUGUCAAAGUUUAAACAUACUCAAUUUUAAAAACACAAAACAAUGUAAACUUUCUGUUCAAUUCCAUAAGUAUUUGAUAUUUUAAAAAAGAUAAUUCAAACCAAAUCCAAUAUUUUAGAUCUUGAAUCAUGUGAAAUGUGUUCAUUUUGACUCAAAUAAUCUUGAAUCUCUUUUUAUGCAUCUUGAAGAGUAAAGGUCCAUCACCCACAAAAUUUCAUGGCUCUGUCAAACAAGAAUCAAAUGUGGAUAUGCUGUAUAUUUCAAUAAAACUCUAUUCUGUGCAGUUUGGUUAAGUCAACAACAUAUAAAAUCAACAAACAGUGAAUUUAUGAUUGAAGUAUAUUUGUGACAAUAAAAAGUUUUACAAACAGACCUAAAGUACCUCAUGGUUUGAAGAAGUGAGUAUUUUUCUCAAUUUCUCAGAUUUCCUCAGUGGACCGAACACCUGCCCAUGGUGCCAAAACUACUACCAAAUAGUUUGCUGAUGAUACCCCUAUGUACUUGAAACACAUAGUAAUUUUUAUAGACAUUCUUAUUCAUGAUUGUUCUUUCUCUUGGCUCCUCACCUGUGAAAAACCUGACUGUUUCUCUCUGUCUGAUCUUUUCUCUGCUAUUGACUGCUCAGCCAUUAAGUAUGAGUAUUCUGUUUUGUGCAGUCCUUUUGAACUGAUCGUAACAUUAAAAUGAUCCAUGUUUCCCACUGAUACUAUCAGAAAGAAAGAUUUUGCCACAUUGUCAACAGGAAGAGUUCAAACCAUGAACUUAUUACGCCAUACUGCUUUCAGUGGAUUGAUUUCAUAUGCAGGUGAUGUGGUUGUCAUUGACGUUGCUCAGGCUAAAUAGAAUACCGGUAAAUCAUGGCUCAUGGCUUAUAUAUAUUUUAACAGAUAAGACAGUAAAAAUGACUGUUUUUUGGAGUUACGACCAAUCAGACUUAAUUAUCGAACACAUCUGGGUGAAAAGUAAUAAAGAGAAUUCAUUUGAAUCAGUUUGAUCAGUGUUUAUUGAAAUUUCAGACUCUUUACAUAGCUGUACAGUACAGUUAAACUGUAAUUCAACUGUUAGUUAUAACUUACUGCCAAACAGCAAAAACAUUUCAUUGUUAAUAAAGUGUGAGAAUAUUUCCAGAUAAAAUAACUUCUCUUUGGUUGUUCUCCAAGUGCGCUGUAUCCUUAAACUGUGCAGUCCAAAGGCAUAAUUUUCAUUUUGUUGUUCAAAUAAAACAUGAAAAGUCAAAUAGCACCAACCAAGACUGACUGCAUGGGCAUUAAUGGAUAUAAUGUGGACACAAAAAAGAACAAUACAGUACUAUUCAGCUUAAAUACCUUUGUAUAAUACAUGUGCAUAUACACUAAAGAUAAUACAGUACUGUAUGAAUUGAUUAAGGCUUAAAACUUGUAAUGCAGCUAAGAUUCUUAAGAUUUUAGAUACUAUUGUGGGAGUACAAAAAGUACCAAAUAUUGGUAGUCAAUCAUAAUAUGCUUAAUUUACAACUACAAAUAUGUUAGAAAAUAAUCUAGCCAAAAAAAUAACAUGAUUUCCACACAGAAAGUUAAUGAUUUGGGACAAAAAGUCACCUAGCUGUAUGACAAGAAAAUAGAAUUUCUAACACAAGCUGCUUUUUUUCAGUGUUCACUCUUUUAGGCACAAUACAUUACACUUCCUCUUCAGUGCAAACGUUUGUCCUCAGGCAUCUUUGACCAAGGGCCUGUGUCCAUAGACUGCCUUUUUCACUUGAUAAAAUAGUGUUUUCUAUCGGUCCUGCUGCAAGAUAAGUAACUGUUGCCACCCAAAAGGGUGAGACAAGACCCGGAUUCCUACAGGAAGUGCUUAUUAUCUCUAAGUUUAUCAUAAGUGUACAAGUUCCCAGCUCUAAUUUGACAGAGAAAAACGCUCUGUGGACACAGGCCCUAGUAGAUCAAUGUAAACAGUUGUUAUUUCUAAAGAGGGCAGUUUUGUGCACCAGAGUCGUCACACUCUGACAGAAUGGCAGCGCACAGUGUAGUGUAAGCAUGCAUGUCCAUUCUAGUAAGUGCUACUGUAUCACAUCUGCCUCGCAGGAAUAUAGAACAUACAGUAAAAGCUGCUGAAUGUGGCUCAGUCUCUUUGUCCUCCGUGCUGCUGAUCUGGCUUUAUGUGCAGGGGGUAAGUCCUGAUAUCUGAGGUAAAGCAGGUUCAUGUUGGUUUAUGAGAUGACUCAUACUGUUCUGCUUCAUCAGUCACUGCCCAUAACAGCAGCAGAACAGAUCUGAGUGCAUGUUCUGUCCUUUUAGCAGCAAAUGAAGUAAAACCCACGACAAAGAGAGGUUGUUUUUGGUGCGCAAAAAGAAAGACCAGAUCUGAAAUAACAUCAGGGAGGGCCUCGAGUUUUAGGAGAUGAGCUAAGUGAAACCUAUCGCUCAGAUUUGAUCUUGUAGCGUAGGACAAGGUAUGUAGCCAGUCGAAAAAUGACAAAGAAGAUGCCAAGGACGAUAAAAUCCAUGUAGAGUUUCGCAUCUUCCACAUCCAGUAGCUGCAGAACCUCCUCAGGCUGUUGAAAUUUGCAGACCUUCCCUGGACACUCCAGCUCUGAGCGGUUCAUCCCAUAGAUGGACAGGAUCACUCCCUCAAAGCCAUACCUGUGGGAGAGAAAUGAACUCUGAAACGGUUUUAUAACUGCUCAUGGCUGAGUAAAUCAUCACAAGAUCCAACGUUUCAUACAGUCUUUAAACGGUACAACUCUAUUUACAGCUCUUAUAGCUGCUGGAAAACUCACAACAUGAUCACUCGAGUAAUUUUACAAAGAGAGCAGGAUUAGUGUUGUGACGGAGAUCCAUUAUUAUGAUAAGGUUGCCCCAUGAAGGGGCUGCUAACUGAGCUGCUGCUGAUGUUUAUAUAAACGGCACCAUAGCAACAUUUUUUGUUUACAGUUUCUCAUUUUUGAGGGCAAAUAAGGUAUCAGUGUUUUUAAAAUGAUGCUGCCGAUGAUGUAUGAUUAUUUCCUCAUUACCUGACAUAAGACACGUAGGAGCUCCACUGCAGAUAUUUGGGGAUUGUGUCAAAGUUUACAAAGAAUCCAGAGAACAACAGCACAGGUAUGGCUGUGACCGGGCCAACAAAUGUGGCCACCUGCAAAAGGAGACAAAGUUGAUAUUCUGUCUUGUGUUUAUAUAAUGAGAAAAAAGUGAAAACCUCUACAUAAACCUGGAGUACCUGUAGGGAGCUGGAGGCAGCUCCGACCAGCAGACCUAAAGACUGGGCUACCAGAGCAGUGCAGAUGGAUAGAGCAAUGAAGAGCAGGUAUCUGCUGGCUUCUGGAGGCUGCUCUGUCAUCCAGUACACAAUGCUGCAGUACAUGAUGGGGCAGAUCACCUGAAAUAAGUAAUCAUAUUUGCAUUAUGUUUGCAGCUUUUUAAUGCAGGGCAAAAAAAAAGAGGACAAGUACUGAGUAAUAGAAAAUGUCUGACAGAUCCAGAUAAUGACCGUCAGCUAACACUAGAGUGCAGUAUCAUACGCUGUAGUUUCUACUCAGAGACAAAACCCAUCCCUCCAAUCAGACUCUGCCAGCUCACCUGGAACGGGAUAUCAGCCAUCGUCUUGGCCAGGUAGUAGGCUUUCAGACUGUACCAGUAGUUCAGGUGCUCUCGCAGGAACACAGACAUCUCCAGAGGAACUACACAUGGUGCAGAAAAACAUUCGAGGUCUCAAACCAGAUCUCAAUGAUUGGCAAAAAGAAGUAUUAAUACAGAAAGAGUGCAUAAAUAUGAGGCAGUUCCCCUCCGCUGGAUCAGACUCACAGGUUAACACAGUCGGCAUGAGUGCUCCAAACAUGAGGAAGAGCAUGGAGAAGAAGAGGAACCCAGUAUUAUUGAAGACCUUGCUGGCAUCAUUGCCAAUAUUUAGGUAUAGCAAACCUAUCAAUACACCGAUGGCGAUGUGUGAGAUCAGUCUGAGGUGGGUCAGAACCUGAGAAACAGAAGGAGGUCUCAGACUUACUGCCUAAUUAUCUGAGGUCUUUUUUAUGUCUUAUUCUGUGAGAUUCUUUUUAUCCUUGUAUUAAAUCAAACCAUCUUUUAUGUAAAACCAUCUUUUUCUGCAGAACUGUCACUCACCUGGUCACGACAUAUAGUGAUGAACGUUCUCUUGAAGAGGAUGUAGAACUGUGUUAGUGUGCUUGUGGCAAAAGUAUGGCUCUCUACAUGUUCAGCAUUCUGAAAAAAAAAAUGAAAGCAGAUAAUCUCACUGUUCUCUUAUAUUAUUGGAAACUGUAUAUUAUAUUGUGCAACACACCACAAAACUGCAGCACAACACAAACUUUUGCAGGAAGAAGCCAAGUUGUUGUGCAGCAGGUGUCAACCACUUUUCUAAAACAACAAACUCUACAGAUAUAACUGUGUUUGCCAGAUAACCUUGAUCAUGUAGGGCUUAAAAUGUUGUCAAAAUGAGAUGCAAAGAUGUAAAAAUUCACAAUAAAUUAAAUUAUCAAUUCCUGCAUCCUUCACUCGUCCUGCAAAAAGCCGUAGCUUACCUUGUGCACCGGUUCUCCAGGAAGUUUCUUAUGUUAGGGGCAGGGCUGACCAGCAUCCAUUAUGGCUUUUAUAGUUUCUAGGUACAUCUAACUCCUACAACCCCACUUCAAAAUGACUGAACUAUCCCUUUACACUAUGUAAGCCCUUGAGAGUUUAAAGCCUAAACUAAUCCUGCAGCACAUCACUCACUCCUUACCGCCGGGUACUUAGUUGUGCAGACCGACUGGCCGUUGGUAUCACUGUGGUUCUUCUUCUCCUCUAUUGCACACAUUCCUCCUUGGACAGCCUCAAACAGUACCGGGUUCAAGUCUCCAUACUCUCCUGAGGCCACUUCAAUAACUGGAGCAUAAACGAACAUGCAUGGAUGCAGUUUGUCAAAGAAAUGCUUCAGAUCUCUCACAGUUACAAGUGUCACAAACAAAACUGAAGCGUACAUACUGAAGUCUGCAGGGUUGUGGUAGGUGGGACAGUAAAGGCCGAGAGUCUUUAGGUAGGGGAUGAGGUACGUGACUGUGCCUUUGUAGAUACACUGACCCUGACUGAGGAUGUAAAGCUGUGAAGUCAAAAAUCAUACAAGUUAUUGACUUAAAAAAAGAGGACAGUAAUAGGAAUGUAUGUCCUCUUUUAUUAAAAGGGAUAUCCCGGCGUAAAAUUAAGUUAGGGUCAAAUCACCAUAACACCGAGUUAGACACCCCCUCGAGAGAUGAAUGUUGACGACUGCUUGCUUCUCUAGUUAUACCAACUUUAAUAACGACUGCGCGAUGGUAAUACACAGCGGUCUCAGGAGCCACGCGCUCAACCAAAAUGCCACUCUACAGCCACAAAUAAUGCUCAGAACAACACCUAACUUCAUCAACAGUACAUAUAGGGUCCAAGCCAUAACACUAGCCAUCAAACAUCUUUUAAGCUUUAAGGCAUCAUAACAUUUGUGAUCAUUUCUUUAUCAUUUCCUUGAAGUAAUAAUCACCAUAUUAAUCAUUUUGCACUGCAGAUGUGGUGGUUCUUCUGCCUUAGCAUCUUGGUCUGAUUGCAUUUCCAUGAAGAAAUGAUCAUAAAUGUUCUUCCUUGAGCUGUGUCAACCUGCAGCACUUGGUGAUCGACUCGUCAGGGCUCCCCCACAAACAAGCGGCUGCUAAUAGAGAGUAGGUGAGUUGUGUUUAGUCUCUUUGUUAAAGAAACCAGGCAAAGCUAAAAAGAUGUUUGAUGGCUAGUACUAUGGCUAGGACCCUUUAAGUACUGUUGAUGAAGUUAGGUGCUGUUCUGAGCAUUAUUUGUGGCUAUAGAGUGGCAUUUUGGUUGAGUGCGUGGCUCUCUGUAUUGCGAUCAUGCAGUUAUUACUAAACUAGAGAAGCAAGAAGUCGGCAACAUUCAUCUCUUGAGGGGGUUUCUAACUUGGUGUUAUGGUGUAUUUGACCUAAACUUAAUUUUUAAUAUCCCUUUAACACGUGUGCACCUUGUCGAACAUCUC